GUUGAGGUUACAAGUGGAAAUAAUUUAAAUAGUGUAAACAUCAAAAUUUGUAUUAUGAGUUGGCAGCACUGAAACAUGAGAAGUCCAUGCGGUGUUUGUGUCGAUGUUUAUAUGUGUAACAAAUUCUGCGUAAACGUUAAUUUGCCCGAUGAGUGAUUGUGAAUAUUGUUUGAAGAAGGUCGGUGCUUCGUAUCUGACGUGCAGUGAAUGCAGUCGGAAGGUUCACCUUCGUUGCUUAAAGAGCGGCGGGGUCCCAGGAGGUUUACGUGGGGAUGUGUUUUAUAAAUUUAUAUGCCAUGAUUGCAGCUUUUGGGACCAUGAGGAAUUCACAAGAGUUAGAAUGCCGUGGUUCAGCCUCAUCAUCCUCGCACUGUACAACCUGCAGGGCCGUUCAGAUGGGGUGAGUCGCCUUGGCUACUUCCACUGGAAGUUGCACAUCUGUAACUUUAUCGAGCGGCACUGGAACAUUCUAUUUGGGAGCAGCGUAAAAAGGAAACGUAGCUGGAUGGGGACAAUAUCCGGGACCCUUUCCCACUACAGUCGCACUUACUUCCGUUCCGGUUCAGAAGACUUGCAAGAGCCUGGUUGGUGGACUUUGGCACAAAGCGUGGAACCCGAACUGGUGCUCCAGCAGCACUUGCAUUUGAUUGCUGAGAAGAAGAAUAAGACUAAAAGGAAGGAGCAGGAGCCAGGUGCAGAGUGUCCCCCCUCCGCGUCAGAGCCGUCAUCAGGUCCAUCGCUUCUGGAGUCAUCCUCUUACGCGGCUCACGUCUCAAACGAAUUUCAGACGCCGCCAGAUGAGUCCAGCUUGUCGGCAUAUGAUGACGCAAGCAGCAUAGAGCUGAACAAUGCAGGGUCGGAGCGAGAGACCGGCACGUCUUCCUCCAGCGGACGCGUGUCUGCCGUGGAUACCAACCCGGGCUACUGCAGCAACUGGGCCUUCCUCAAGGCAAGUGACGACAUGUAUUCUCGCGCGUACGUGGAACCGAGCGAGACGCUGUCCGACUAUCUGUUUGCAGACGAGGAUGAAGAAUGUUCAGAUGUGGACGUGGACAUCGAGGGUGUGGACAUCUCCUGUGCUCCGUCUGAAGGCUUCAAGAAUCUAGGGGACCUGUUACUAGCACAAGAGACUGCCGUCGCUGUCAAUAGUGCAGUUAAUAUGGAUAUGAAGAUUGAACGUGUGGAGUCGGACCAACAAGAACAGGAAAUGGUCGAGGAGGAGGAGGAGGAGGUUAGUGAUGAGGAUGGAGAGCUGAGGAGCACUCAGAAACCAUCAGGAAGUCUGUUCACCAUCACAAAGAGCACAGAGCAAGUCCUGACCAUCGGCGAUGUCUACAAGGACACAGACAAAAGGUGCCUGCCAAUGAGCGACCCAUCCAUGGGAGAUGUACCGGGGACCGUGCGACGCCUGUACCGCAAGCUGUGCGUGCGACAGUUGAAACGCGAGCGUGGCAUGGCAUUGUUCAAUCUCGAUGAUGCCCAGCCUGGUCGACCGGGCGGCGGAUUAAGAUACCCAGCGCAUCCUGCGAUGGGAGACGUUCGCAUUCUGGACAGAUUCCAGCGAGCCGCUGUUCCCACAUGUGAAGAUGAGACCAAUUCUACUAACUGUUCCUUCAGCUUGCGACUCAUGGGACAGAGUGAGCCAUCCUGUUUCUACAGCCCCUACACUCACAGGUUGCUGAAGCCGUAUAUCCGUCGUGACGUGGAGACCGCGCCUCUCUGGCUUCGCCUGCUGGGUGAGGUUCAGGCAAAGGCAAACAGAAAUGUCCUGCACUGGCGUCCACCUGCUCGCCACCCAAUAGACUACAGUUAUGUCCGCCCUCAACACAUCUCCUCCGUUAAUAGUCUGUGUCGAGAGUUUUUCUACCCAGGCAUCGACUUGACUGAAUGUCUGCAGUACCCAGACUUCAGCUGUGUUGUGCUGUACAAGAAACUUGUGGUGGGCUUUGCGUUCAUGGUGCCUGAUGUGGGGCUGAAUGAGGCUUACAUCUCAUUCCUCUUCACGCGGCCCGAGUGGCGACGGGCUGGCAUCGCGACAUUCAUGCUAUACCACCUGAUACAGACCUGCAUGGGGAAGGACCUGACACUGCACGUGUCGGCCACAAACCCAGCCGUCGUCCUGUACCAGAAGUUUGGUUUCAAGGUGGAGGAGUUUGUCCAGGACUUCUAUGACAAGUACUUCCCGGCCGACUCGAAGGAGUGCAAGCACGCCCUCUUCCUACGGCUCAGUCGAUGAGGUUUGGCCCGUGUUGCGGAUGCUGGCGUCGUAGCACACAAAAGCUGCGGGAUGUCUUCAGACAGCUCUUCGGCAGAAGGCAAGUUCUACGCCUUUGUACGGUAUAUCAGUAGCGUUACGUAUCGUCAAGCUGACUGGGGCGGCUCGGUCAACUUAACAGCCGGUAGUUGGUGGCGUUCUGUCCAGAGCUAAUACGCGAUGCUUCGGAGAACUGAACGUCGUUUGUGUUAACAGUAAUUUCAGGCGAAUGAACAGAAAUAUAAAAGGGAAAUUUACCGAGCAGUACAGUCUGAAGAGGUAUAGCAAAAUUAUGUCCCGGAAGACAGUUAUCUUCAUACUUGCCACCACGAGAACCUGAAACCUCGCCCCGUUUUUGUUGCCAGCACUGCUCCGUUAAUUUAUUUCCAUAAUUUUUUUAUCCAUAAAGGAAGAGAGAUGGAUGGGUGGGAACUCCCGGCAGUAUUGGCAGAGUGAGCAGGGGGCACCACCCCUAGUAAACAAACGCACACAGUCUUGGAGUUUGGCUGCCACUGCCCUGGUCCAUUUCUGUGGUAACGGCCCAGGAACAUGUGGAGCGAGCAGUGGAUUUCGCACGGAAUAGGGCGAUUAUUUGUUUCAGACCUUCCAUUAUUAAUGGUAAACGGAAGUUUAAUAAAUGACGUGACGCUAGCAGGGGGGAGAACAUCUCGAGAUAAGAGGAGUCUGUCCUGCAUAGAUUCCUCUGUUGUACCUUUGCUACCUAUUUCGCUACUUGGAACGG